GGAUACAUUUCGCUCACGUGGUCUCCCGGUGAAUUUCCUGCAGCAUCGCAGCUUCUUGCCUCGCUGGGAAACUUCACAGCCUCUUUGCUUUCACUCCCCCUUCCUUAUUUGUUGCCGCUGUUCAGUGUUUAUAACUUUUUAAUUCCACCCCACCCUCCCCUGUCAUUUGCAAGCUGUGUUCCCCCCUCCAACAACUCCCACUCAGAUUUCAGAAGAUGAAGUGGGCAGAGAUUGCGGCAGGAAUUUCGCUGCUGGCGCUACUGUCUGGAGUUUGUGGGGGACAGGCAGCAGAAUGUGCGGAGUUGGAGACAUGUGAACUUUGUAUCACUGGUGAUACUUCGCUGAACCUAACAGACUGCGUGUGGGCACAAUGUAAGUCAGAAAUCUUUUGUGUUGCAAAGACAUCUGAAAAUCUCACUGACUGCACUACACAUGACGAAGUUUCAAUGUGUGAAGGCUCUUCUCAUCGCAUGGCACCAAAUGUCUUUACUUCUAGUAUCACAGACAAUGAGACUCUAUCUUUCCUUGCUACUCCUCCUAUCUUCAAUGCCUCUAAUGCUGUGACUACCUUCAUUUCUACAGCUGCCACUACUGCUAAAGAAGCUUCAUCCACUGCAGAAUCUGAUAUCACCACUGAAAUUCCAACAACGACUCCCGUGUAUUCACCUUCCAGCUUUGACCCAGCCAGUUUCAUUGGAGGCAUUGUCUUGGUUCUGGGAGCUGAGGCAGCAUUUUUCUUUGCAGUCAAGUUCUUCAAGGCACGAGAUGGAACCUACCAAACUCUGAUAUAAUCACAAGGAUGGAAAGAAUGGCUUUGAAGUGGCCAAAAUAAAUCUGCUCACUUCCCAGCAAACACUAUUAAAUGAAGCUGUCUUCACUAAUGCCACGUUUAUAUUGCAUUAUAGUGGAGGAGAUUUAAGAUUCUGUUUGCCUUUGACGUGGUGGAUUGAAUUGGCUACAAAUACUAGAGUACAUCCAGGACUAAUGUUCUGUGCUAUGACCCUCAGUAGCACUGUAUUGAGAUGAUAUUUGUAUACAGAGAUCAAGUGAAAAGAUCUUGUUAAUUGUUUGGUGCUUUUUAUGGACCAGACUACAGUGGCUUUUUUUUUUCAAUAAAAGAUCUUGAUGCAGAGCCUGUUUGGUUUUUUUUUUGGCUUUUUGAGAUUUUUUUUGGUUCAAGAUCUAAAUGUGUAAAUGUUUAAUUCACUUCUGAGAUGAAAUGUCACUUUAUACUGGUUUCUGAAAGUUUGUGUGAAGCUCUGAGAACAGUAAAGAUGAUCAGACCAAUAUAAUUCUAAAGAGUUUUAAGAAUCAGUGCAUUUGGAAACUAUUUGGAAGAGUGAAAUUUAUGUACCAUACUCCUGUAUGCUAGCAAGUCCCAUUUAAUGUUACCAGUACACGUACACGAAACCCUGAGCCAGAAUCCGGUCGUCUAUGAAUGAUUUAGCACCAGGUCCCCCGUGAACAUGAGGUGCUAGUAAAAGAGAGAGGCGGCACCCAUACGGCCGCACUCCAGACCAGAAUCGAAUGGUGAUACACACCGACCAGAGUCGGUUAUCCUAGGCCAACCAGU